CAAUCAAUACAGUAAUUACAAAUCAAUUAAUUACAAGUGUUAAAAAUUAAAACUUUAAAGUUUAAAGUCAAUCACAAGAAAUCAAAAUCCCUUUCUUUCUUGUUUCUUCCUUCUUCUUCUCUGAAAAUUUUGAGAUAUGGCUGACCACAUAAGGUUGAGAAGCAGACCCAGAAACGGUAUGAGUCAAAGUAUUGUUUUUGAAGCAGAUCCACCACAAAUCCAAACCCAAUCCACUCGUUCUAAAUCUACAAUCUCUUCUCUUUUUCACUCCGCAAACAAUACAAAUACCUCCAAGAAGAAGCUGAACAACUUCACUCAGUCUACAUUCAGAGGGUUUGGAUGCACUGCGGCUGCAUCUCAGCAGGUUUCUUUGCCUGCUGUGAUUAGAACUUCUGCGGAUUGGGACGGGAAGAAAGUGAAGAAAAAGAAACAAAAGAAUGUAAACAAAAAUUCUACUACUACUAGUAGUAAUAAUGCUUUCACGAUUGGAAGUUACAGCAACAAGGGCUCUUCAAGUGGUGGUGGUGGUGAUGGUGAUGAUGGUGGUGGUGGUGGUGGUGGUGGUGGUGGGAGUAAUGUUAAUAGUAAUAUUGUUAAUAAUAGUAAUGGUGGUAAUUGUAUGGUUAUUCAGGAUGUGUGGUGUGGGCCUGGAAUUGGGUUCUCUGGAGCUGAUGCAGUUGUUGGGUCCGUGGAUUGUGUGGUGGCCAGAAGAAAUGUUUCUUCCGGAAGAGGAAAGAUUGAUGCUGAGAAGUUUAAUCAGAGGGAGAGGGAAAGGGAAAGGGAGCGUUCUUCUUGUAUACCGAGGCGGACGGUCACUCCUGACAGUUUACCUUUCCCGGAUUCUGACCCUGCUUUCGGAUUCGGACGCCCGGAACUUGAUGUGUUUGGACCCCGGUACUAUCGUCAUCUUCGACAUCCUUCCCCUGAUGGCCUUGCUGAGAUAAUGAUGCUUCAAAAUAGUUUGCUGAUGGGGGGAAGAUUAGAUUCUCACGACCAUUUCAGAGACUGGAGACUUGAUGUUGACAACAUGUCAUAUGAGGAAUUGCUCGAGCUGGGUGAAAGAAUUGGGUAUGUGAAUACUGGACUGAAAGAAGAUGAGAUGGGACGAUGUCUUCGGAAACUUAAGAACUCUGUUGCAAAUGAUUUAUCAUCUUAUUUGUCAAUCCACGUUGAUAAGAAAUGCACCAUUUGUCAGGAGGAAUAUGAAGAAGACGACGAGAUGGGCAAGCUAGAUUGUGGACACAGCUUUCACAUCCAAUGUAUAAAGCAAUGGCUUGCACAGAAAAAUGCUUGCCCGGUCUGUAAGAUCACGGUGGUGUCGAGAUGCUAGAACAAUUGGAUUCUUUGCAUCACACAUUUGAGUGCAGGUGUUUGUUCUCAAAUGACUGGAUUUAGUUCACAUCUCUCUAUUUGGUGUAUAGAUUUUUAUUUCCAAUACAUAAGCAACAAUUCAUUCUUUGGUGUGAAGAAGCCUCAAUCUCUGGUUGUUUCAAAAUGACGGGCAGUUUUGGCAACCUGAAAAUAUCAUCUCCUUGACAUUUAUGAUCAUGAAAUUCGAUGGACAUUGUUACCAUGCUUGCCCACUUAAAUUAUAUUUCUAUAUUUGUGUUGCUCUAAACCUUCAAUAUUGGAUCAAUGACUGAA